AUGGUACUGUAUAUCAUUGGAUUAGGACUAGGAGAUGAGAAGGAUAUAACAGUUAAAGGAAAAGAAUUAAUCGAAAAAUCAGAUAUUGUUUAUUUAGAGUCAUAUACUUCUAUAUUAUUUAUAUCAAAAGAAGAUUUAGAAAAAUUUUAUAAAAAAAAAAUUUAUGAAGUUGAUAGAAAUUUUGCUGAAGAAAAUUGUGAAGAAAUUUUAAAUGAAGCAAAAAAUAAAAGUGUAUCAUUUUUAGUUGUGGGAGAUCCUUUAUGUGCUACUACUCAUCAUGAUAUUAUUUUAAGAGCAAAAAAAGAAAAUAUUGAUGUUCAUAUAAUUCAUAAUACUUCUAUCAUCUCAGCUAUUGGUGAAAGUGGAAUGCAACUUUAUAAUUUUGGUCAAAUAGUGUCAAUCCCUUUUUUUGAAAAAGAUUAUAAACCUACAAGCUUUUAUGAUAAAAUAAAAAUUAAUUUAGAUAAUAACUUUCAUACAUUAUGUCUAUUAGAUAUUAAAAUAAAAGAAAGAACAAUUGAAAAUAUAAUGAAAAACAGAAACAUAUUUGAACCACCAAGAUAUAUGACUAUUAAUGAAGCUAUUGAUCAACUUUUGUAUUGUGAAGAUAUUCAUAAAAAGAAUGUUAUAACUAAAAAUACCUUAGGUAUUGCAAUGGUUCGAAUAGGAUCUAAUAACCAACAAAUUAUAUCAGGAAAUUUAUUAACAUUAAAAUCGUUAAAUUAUGACAAACCUUUACACUCUCUAAUAAUAUGUGCAUCAACCUUACAUGAUAUAGAAAAAGAAUAUUUUAAUAUUUAUUUACAUAAAAAUUAA